AUGGAGAACAGAGAAAUUGAAGAUUCUAAUAAACUUAAACUUCCCACAAUUAAAUAAUAUAAAUCUACAGCUAGACAAGCUUAUUUCAAUUUUAUUAAAUCAAAUUUAGGAAUAGGUAUCCAUUUUAUUUCAUUUUUUUAUAGGUGUUAUUGUUCUUCCUGUUGUCACUUAUCAAGUUGGAUUACUAUGGUCUAUUUUCUUAUUCGUUCCAAUAGCUUUCAGUUGUGUUAAGUAAAAUGAUCAUUUUAUUUCUUAGAUCAAGUUAAUUUAUGAUAGAAAUUGCAGAUGAUUUGAAUACAGAAAAUAUUCUCUAUUCAGAUAUCAUAAAAUAGACUUUAGGAAUUCUAUGGGCACAUAUUUUAGAUAUUGCCAUAAUUUUAUAAUUGAUUGGACUUUGUAUAGCUUAUUUGAUAUUUCUAACUGAAUCCUUGGCUUAAUCAUUGAUUCAAAUAGAUAUUUAAAUGACCAAAUUAUAAUGCUUGUUACUCACAUUAAUUAUAGUGAUUCCCUUAUCAUUUGUAAGAAAAAUUCAUUUUUUUCAUUCAACCAGUAAAUAUGGCUUUUAUUCUGCUUUGGCUUCAUUCUGUAUCAUAUUAUAUGAUUGCCAAAAUAGACUCUCAAUAAUUGACAAUUUCCAUUUUUCUAAUUUAAUGAAUUUCAAAAGUAAUAUUAUUAUAAUAAUAAAUUAAUUAGAUACUUUUAAUUAUGUAGGAGUAGCUAUACUUUGUUGUGAAGGGAUAUUUACUGUAUUACCUAUUAGAGAUAGUAUGAAGAAUAAAUUUGAAUUUAAAUCUGUUGCUGCAUAAAGUUUAAUGACUGCAUUUGGAAUUUCAAUAUUUUUAUCACUAAUUAGUUCAUCUACAUAUUAAUAAGACACAUAAUCUAUUGUUUUAUUUAGUAUAUAAGUAAGUACUUUGUUAUAUUAAUAAAGAAUCCAAUCUUAGAAGUUGUUUCAUUGAUCUUAUACUCUAUUAGUUUAUUAUUGACCUUUCCACUUCAACUUUUUCCAGCUGUUCAAAUUGUAGAAUCAACGUUUUAAAAGACCAUAUUUCAAUAUACCAGUUUCCAUGAUAUAGAAGAAAAUUCUAAUGAUGAUUCUCCUAUUUUAAAGGAUGCUGUUUCAAUUUGCAAUAAGAAUGAUAAUAUUACUUGUGAAAAAGAUGAUGAAGUAUUUGAAGAUAGAUUUUUAUAAAUCAUUAUAAGAAGUACAUUAAUGAUAACUAUUUAUUUUAUUGCUUAUUGUGUUCCUCAUUUAUCACAUUUUUUGAAUUUGAUUGGAAGUAUUUUUGGAUCCUUAUUACAAGUAAUGUUUUAAUUUUAUUAUUUAGUUUUGUUUCCCUGUACUUGUUCAUAUGAUUUAUUUCAAGAAUUCUAAAUCAACUAGACUUGUUAUUCAAUAUGCAAUCAUUUUGAUUGUUUCAAUUUUAGCUAUUUUUUUAGGGACAGCAGAAUCCUUAAAACAUUUACUUUGA